UGUUUAGUUUCGGAUUUCUGAGGAAAUCAAAUGAAAAAUCUUUUCGCUUUCCGUUAUCUUGUUAUAUUAUUGUUUUACAGUUGAAUUACGUGAUUUGGUUCUGAAUUUGCAUGGUUGACUUUAAUCUCAGGAGGUAUUUUGAACCUAGGUUUUUUUAUUUUACCUUAAUAGUUUUUGUAGCUAAAAUUAUUUUCCAUUUACUUCAUUCCCAAGUGAUGGAAGAUUACACACCUGCAGAUACUAUUACUCUCUCUAAAGGGAACAGUACUGUUACUGUUCAUUUAUUUGGAGGAACUAUAUUAUCUUGGACACCACAGGGCAAAGAAGCACUUUUUGUCAGCCAGAAGUCGGUUUUUGAUGGAAAGAAAGCCAUAAGAGGAGGUGUUCCAAUAGUAUUUCCUAACUUUGGGCCCUGGACCUCUGGUCCGCAGCAUGGAUUUGCAAGAAUAACUCCAUGGUUAGUAAAGGAAGGUUUUGAUAAAAAUGCAGAUUCAAUCACACUUGUUCUGCAUGAUAAUGAUGAAAUGCGGAAGACAUGGAAUUAUAAGUUCAGAAUUGAAUACACAAUUAAAUUGGUAAAUGAUACUCAACUGAAACUUGAUGUUGUAAUAACCAAUACAGGAGUUGAAGAAUUUCCAUUUACAUUUUUGUUCCAUACAUACUUCUCUGUUGAAUACAUCUCGGAUUGUAGAAUCACUGGCCUAAAAGAUUGCACUUAUAUUGACAAGACCAGAGGGGAGGAACAGUUUCUGGAAAAGAGUGAGAAAAUAGAAAUUUCAGAAUUUACUGACAGAAUCUAUAAAAAUACACCCAUUAUACAAGAGGUUGAGAACAUUGUUGGAAAUCGUACCUGCAAAAUUGAAAAAUUUAAUCUUCCAGAUACAGUUUUGUGGAAUCCAUAUGCAGAGAAUGCCAAAACCAUGUCAGAUUUUGGCAAUGAAGAAUGGCAGAAAAUGGUUUGUGUUGAAGCUGGAGCUGUCAGUUCUCCAGUUGUGCUGGAACCAAUGAAAUCUUAUGCUGCACAUCAAAUAUUAACUAUUCAGUAAAUGUAUCAUUUAAAAUUUAUUUUCCUUUCAUCAUUCCUGUUUUGUUUCCAUUUUCUUAAUUUUAUAAUAAACUUUUAUUUUGUAUA